AUGGCAGAAAAUCGAACACUGAGAGAGCUAACAGCUCCUAACUUGAACCAACAGCCGUUGUGCAUCGCAUAUCAGCAGUUGGAGGAAGGUGCUAAUGUUGAGAUCAAAUCUGGUCUAAUUCAUCUAUUGCCGGCAUUCCAUGGCAUGAAGGCAAGUGGUGGAGGGCUAGUGAAUAAGACUCCAGGAGAUGCAACUAGGCUGAUUGCAGAGCUAGCAGAGAAUUCUAGGCAGUUCAGUCAGAGAACUCCCACGCGCCGGGUGAAUGCAGCAAAUUCAAAUACAACUGAGUUAGAGAGUCAAAAUUUGGAAAGUCAAGUGAGCCAAAUUUCAAGUGCAGUGAGCCGACUUGAAGCUAAGGACUCUGGAAAGCUUCCAUCUCAAACGGAGCUGAAUCCUAAGCAACAGGUCAAUGCAAUAACAUUGAGAAAUGGCAAAGAGUUGCAAGAAACUGCAGUUGCAACUAAGAGGGCUAAAGACUUGAUUGGAACUGAAGAGCAAGAAGUAGAACAUGAAGCUGUGGCGAAUCCACCAACUUUUCCCUCUUAUGAACCCACACCACCUUUCCCUGAAGCCUUGCAAGAUACUCGAAGGUAUGAGAAAGACAAGGAUAUUUAUGAGACUUUUAGCAAAUGUGAGGUAAAUAUUCCCCUCUUGAAUGUGAUUAAACGUAUUCCUCGUUUUGCUAAGUUUAUGAAAGAACUGUGUACUAUCAAGAGAAAGCAUAGGUUGGGAGGAAAAGAGAAGGUAAAGGUGAGUGCUCAUGUUUCUGCGGUUUUCCAAAAGAAAAUCCCAGAAAAAUGUGGUGAUCCUGGUAUGUUUAUUGUUCCUGUUACAAUAGGAGACACCACAUUGCACCGAGCUAUGUUGGACCUAGGUGCAUCAAUCAAUGUCAUUCCCUACUCCCUGUUUAAAUCUUUAAAACUUGGACCUUUACAUGGAACUGGGGUAGUGAUUCAGUUAGCGGAUAGGUCUAAUGUGUAUCCUAAGGGGGUGGUGGAAGAUGUGUUGGUUAAGGUUGAUGGUUUGAUUUUUCCUGCUGACUUUUAUGUGCUUGACAUGGAACAUGACAAACAAGCAGUCCCCAUCUUGUUAGGAAGACCUUUCUUGAAGACUGCUAAAACAAAAAUCGAUGUGUCUACCGGUUCCUUGACUAUGGAGGUUGAUGGGAAAGCAAUUGGGUAUAACAUUUAUGAUUCCAUAAAGUAUCCUGUCAACACUCAUUCUUUAUGUUCUCUUAAUGUUGUCGAUCCAAUGGUGCAUGAUGUUCCUAACAAUGAUCGUGGGGAUGAGUUCCUCACACCUAUAACUAAUGUUGUAUCUGGUGAUUGCUUGGAUUUCUCUAUGCCUACUAAUGUGCAGGUGAAGGUGGGGGAAUUGAAUGAACAUUCCAAGCUUCCACCUAUACCACCAGGUUCAACAAUCGGCCCGUCUGCAAUUCCGAGCAAGAAAUUGUCCCAUUUAGACCACAAAGCAAAGAAUAGGUUGUGGCAUGACAAGAUAAUUUCUAGGAAGAAGGUUAAAGUCGGUGAAAAAGGGAGGCCUCGGGAGCGAUUGUUACGCGCGAAAAGCAGCAAAACCAGCUAA